AUGGAGAACAAAGUAAUUCCAAAUCCUAUACUUCCAGCGGCGGGAGUCCGCAGGAACCAAGCAGCGGACGGUGGGGCUGGUCCUCUCCCCGGAGGACAGUAUGACGAUAGGGUCUCAAACCCGGAAGGGAGGGUUCUAUCCGACCACAGCACACGGUCCAAAGCACUCCUGCGUUGCCGGAGACCAUUCACCAUGGGAACCUUCAACGCAAACACAGUUAGAGAAGAAGGGAGGCUGGAGGAGCUGGCACACUGUGCCAAGGAAAGGGGAGUGGAGAUCCUGGGAAUCCAAGAGCAUAGAAGAGUGCAUGCUGAGGGUCAGAUCGUGUAUCACAGAGUGGAGAAAUGCUGGUUCAUCACCUCAUCAGCGUGGCGAAACGAGGCACAAGCUGCCACUGGCGGAGUGGGGUUACUGCUGGGUUCUCGGGCGCGUAAGGCUCUCCUUAGGGUACACUAUUACACCAACAGGAUCCUUAGUGCUGACUUUGAUGGCAACCCAGUCACAACUGUCAUAGUCGUGUACUCACCCACCAAUGUGGCACAAGCUGAGGAGGUGGAGAAGUUCUAUGAGGACCUUGCAACAGCGGUCCGUGAUAUCCCGGCUCACAACUUCCUUACAAUCCUGGGUGACUUCAAUGCAAGGCUCGGACCGGAGGACGCACCUCUCACGUACCACAACUCCACUAACCGCAAUGGCGAACAUCUUGCAGCCCUACUUAUGGAGCACGAGCUACACUCUGCGAACACCAUGUUCCAGAAAAGAAUGGGCAAGAGAUGGACCUUCCAGGAUUGGGCUACCGGUAUGCAACGUCAACUGGACUACAUACUAGUAAGGCGAAGGUGGAGAAACUCCAUCUUGAACUCUGAACGUUACAGCACGUUCAACUAUGUGGGCUCUGAUCAUCGAGUGGUCUCCAUGAGGGUGAGACUGUGUCUCAGGGUCCCCAAUCCAAGCCUGAAGACCCGGUAUGACUGGAAGGCAUUUUCGGCCAGCCCUGGCCUUCAAACGUACGCAGUGGAGGUGAGGAAUCGCUUCCAGCUGCUGGGCGAGGAGGAGCCUAAUGCCAAGUACAGGCGGUUCGUUGCUGCGAACGUGGAGGUGACCAGUAUGUGUAUUCCAGUGAUGGAGAGGAAUGGAGUAUCCCAGAGGUCCAGGCAUCCGGAGGUCAUGGUGGCGCGUGAGGGAGUGGAAGAAGCACACUGA